UCUCAUUCCUCCAACAGCCACCGCAUAGCUGGCGGCUGACAUUUGUCUCAAUCAUUGGCACGUCUCUCAGAUAUGAAACUGUUUGUGCGGGGUUGUGAUUUGUGUCCGCCCUUGUUGGACCACGCCUCAGAGCACCGCUAGCUGCUCAGCCAGCCAGGGAGGAACAACCCAAACAAGCAUGAAGGACAGGCAGUACGGGGUGCUGCCGUGGGCUCUGCGGGGGCUGCUGCUGGGUAUGGCGGCACUGCUGCUCCUUGGGUCCGGGGGGCUGGUGUGCCUGCUGCUUGGGCACAGGGACCUAACACAGCACGUGGCCCGGCUGGAGGCACGGCUGGAGGCCAUGGAGGGCGGACCAGGACACACGGAGCCCCCGGAGCCGCUGCAACACAGCAGGAGGCGGCGGGGGGCCGAGGCCCCUGGAGGAGACCACCAGGAUGCUCUGAUGAUGAUGACGUACUCCAGGGUGCCGCUCAGACUCUUCUUGGAUCUUUGUAACAGCUCCAGAGGGAUUUGUUUGACAGGCCCCCCUGGACCACCAGGUGAGCGUGGGAAAGACGGUUUGAAAGGAUGGGAUGGCAUGCCAGGAUUGGACGGCAAGCGGGGAAAAAGAGGUUCACCUGGGGAAAAGGGAGAACGAGGACCUAAAGGAGAUACUGGUUCAACAGGUCCUCCUUGUCUGUGGGGUGCAGAUUGUCCUGAAGCCCCUCCCAGUGAGGUCGGGCCCCUACAGACGAUACAGAACACAACCAUGGGGGCCCGUUCCAAUCAGGGGAAUGUGUCUGUGGGUCAGUUGGUCAAAUGGGUUCUUAUUCAGUUGGCUUCAACAGACUCAUCUAGUACACCCAGGCCCCAGGAGGAACUCAAGGUCAUGGAGCAUGAUCAAACAUCUUUUGAUUCAGAGGGUCGCAACCACACUGUUGCUAAAACAGAUGCAGAUUACGUUAGAAAACGUGUUAUCAAAACAGAACUACCACCAAUAUAUGCUGACCAAGGAAACAACAGCUCUGAUGGGUCUUUCACCAGGUCUUACAGUGUAACAGCCUCCCCUGCUGCCAGCCCAGGUCAACCAAGCAUCUUGAACAGGGCUGAGGGACAACCCACCACCACGACCUUGGAAUACGAACAAACCGAUUUAAAUCGAAACAAUGAGAAGUUGGAUCUUGAUGCUGCAGGCCCUAGUAACAUAACAGAACUACCACCAAUGUAUGCUGACCAAGGAAAAGACAGCUCUGAUGGGUCUUUCACCAGGUCUUACAUUGUAACAGCCUCCCCUGCUGCCAGCCCAGGUCAACCAAGCAUCUUGAACAGGGCUGAGGGACAACCCACCACCACGACCUUGGAAUACGAACAAACCGAUUUAAAUCGAAGCAAUGAGAAGUUGGAUCUUGAUGCUGCAGGCCCUAGUAACAUAACAGAACUACCACCAAUGUAUGCUGACCAAGGAAAAGACAGCUCUGAUGGGUCUUUCACCAGGUCUUACAUUGUAACAGCCUCCCCUGCUGCCAGCCCAGGUCAACCAAGCAUCUUGAACAGGGCUGAGGGACAACCCACCACCACGACCUUGGAAUACGCCUCUUCUUCUUCAACCCUCGCACCACGCAGUAGGCUGAGCAGUGCUGAGGAGGAGGGAAACACACCCAUGGAACCCGUCUAUUUGCCGGGCAACAACAACUUGACUGGAACGGAGAAAGAAAAUACAGAUAAAACAUCUGCUUCAUCCUUACCUGGUCUGCACCAGACCAACGACUCGUCGAAAGAAGCUGGCAAAGGGACGUUUGAAAGAACUGAGAGCGUUCUCAGAACCAUAACGUGUUUUGAGAAUGUCACCCAGAUGCAGAGCACGUUCGGAGCUUGGGUGGCAGACGCAGCCCCUCUGCGUGAAGAGCGCUACUGGCUGCUGGACCACUUCUCAGGUCGAAUUAUAUUGGAGUAUCCGAACCUUCUAUCCUACCUUAAGAGCGGUGGAAGGAACACACUCCUAGACAAGUUCUACCAGGGCUGUGGGAGUGUGGUCUACAACGGCUUUCUGUACUUCCAUAAUGCAGGCACAAACAAACUGCUCAAAUUCAACUUGGAGACCAAGACGACAAGCUUUCUUGUUAUUGAAAACACAAGGCAUCGCCACCGCUCAUAUCUGUUCGAAAACUCAAAGACAUAUUAUAAGUUUGCGGUGGAUGAAAGCGGUCUGUGGGUUAUGGCUGCAUCGGCCACUGAUGAGACUUUAGUAGUGGCCAAACUAAACCAUGAGAACUUUUCUGUGACAUCCAUUAUUCACACCAGGUACCCUAAAUCCAAAGCGGGGAAUGGAUUUAUUGCGUAUGGGAUACUUUAUAUCACUGAUUCGAAAGACAAAAAGAUCACACAUGGCUUUGAUUUGGAAAGAGGAGUAUCUCUGGCUGUGAGCUAUGCUUUGAGGCAAGCGAACGGCAUCCUGGCCAUGCUGUCCUACUACCCUCACAAACAAGUGCUGUACAUGUGGGACAACAGCAGUCUGAAGACGUGCAAGGUUCACUUCGCAGUUCUGAAGAAGGAAUAGCAAGUCCUGUUGUCCACCUGUAGUCCUCUAGUCCACCUGUAGUCCACCUGUAGUCCUCUAGUCCACCUGUAGUCCUCUAGUCCACCUUUAGUCCUGUAGUCCACCUGUAGUCCUGUAGCCCACCUGUAGUACUGUAGGCCACCUGUAAUCCACCUGUAGUCAUCUAGUCCACCUGUAAUCCACCUGUAGUCCUCUAGUCCACCUGUAAUCCACCUGUAGUCCUGUAGUCCAAAACAUGUUGAAAGCAAACAUGAUGAAUGUCAUUAUAGUCACGUCGUUCAUCAUGUUAUGAAUUUAAUGUUGCUAUUGUAAGUGUAGAAUAAGUACAGUUAUAUUUCCUGUACCGCGGGUCUCCCAGCGAAACACACAUACACCUACACACACACACACACACACGCGCACACACACACACAGUCAGCCUUCGAAGAGUCCUCAGUGGUGUUUCCAAUGGCCUACAUUCUAAUAACUACAUUUUUAGAUGAGCUGAAGUUGGAUUGUAUACCAGUAGGCCCAAACUAAUAGAAAAUUAUGAACCAUAAGCAUCAGGUUAUGAACAUAGAGGAUUAAUUCAAAAAGUUGUAGGCCUCUUAUAAUUGUAAUAGACCUAUGUAUGUAGACCUACUCUCGUCACUGAAUCCUUUUUAUUCAGCAAUAUACCAACUUUUUAUAUAAUUAUUGGUAUAAUGAAUCUAUGUUUAUAUGGAUGUCUUAUUUCAAAUAUGUUAUAGCCUAAUUGCUGAAAUGGUAAGCUGUAUCAAUGUGGAUGUAUAUUUCAUGUUUUCAAUAAAUUAUAUUAUUGCAUUAA